AUGUCAGCGAAUAAAUUAGUGUGGAUUGAUUACACUCAGUUGGAUUUUAUGCAAGAAGAAGAUGAGAAGUUGAAAGAAUUGUUAAGUCAACAGCUUGUCACGGACGCUUCGCAGUUAUCUGUAGAGGUAGAUAGUGAAAAUAGAUUUAGUGAGAUUGAUGUUAAUGGUGAAGAUGCAGAAACCGAAAAGAAAGAUCUUUAUGAUGAAGUUAGGCGACUGUACGUAUCAAUGUUACUAAAAAUUCGUGAAGGACAUAUGUUACCAGGUGUUAUAAUGCACUCAAUCUCUCUCGGUUACAGCGGGUUGUUAGAGUCUUUUCUUAGUAGUAGCAAUGCUUUAGCUGCAAUUGGAGAAGGAAAAGAGCAUUUAGCAAAAGUGAGAUACAUUUUGGAAUCUAUCAGUGAAACUGAUGCUAGUUAUAUCAUGGCACAAGGCUUAUUACGUAGAUAUUAA